AGACUGUCAAUGCCUAUAAAAGGACAUUUCUGAGGCUAACAGAAUGUAGGAAUCCGAGCUUGAAACCUGAGCCACUGCCCGAAGGUAUGGUGAGACCAACAGACGAAGAGAAGAUAAUCUGUUAUUCACAGUUCUCAAAAGGAGUGGGCAUGCUGUACCCCAGAGAACCACACAGUGUGACCCCGAGCUGUUAACUAAUAGGAGAAAAAUGAGACUGAAUAUGAAGCCAGCAUGGAACAGCAGCGUUUGUUAGGAGCCAGCUGUAGCGAUGGGAAAGAGUCCGAAAGAGGAGCUCAGGAAUCCGAGCAUAUAACCUGUAUGGACUCUGGGGAUCCUUCCUUUGGACAGAAUGAGCCCCCCACCAUUUUGCCUGUUACUGCUGAAACAGAUGAUCCCCUCACAUCACAGGAUCUUCCAGAGACACUGACUGAUACACAGGCCCUUUGUGCAGAGCAGUUCCAUCUUUUAGACCCAAAUGGGCAGCCUCUUCAAUAUGACCUCCACUCACAAAUGACGAUCACUACCAGCCCUUCAGAAAAUAAACAGGUGCUUCAUGUAAUCCCACCUACCCAGACAGGAAUGGCGCAGGUGACCAUACCUCGGGAGCCGCUGGUGGAUGCAACUAGUCCCCAAGAUGCCUCUGAAGAGAAACCCAUUGACAGAAGCUUACCAACUGUAAGAGCAGAUACUCUAGAAGCCAGUGCCAGUAACUGUAUUCUUCAUUCACAAGCAUCCCUUGUGCUACCCAGAAAGUCAGGGACCAGACUGCUCGAGGAAUCUUUGCCGUCUCCUCUGCAGCCACUUUCUUCUAACACACCUAUAUGGGCCUGCCAUCUUAGGAGUUGUGAGAAAAUUGGAGACUCCUACCGUGGCUACUGUGUGAGUGAGACUGAAUUGGAAAGCAUCCUAACUUUUCACAAGCAGCAAACCCAGAGUGUCUGGGGCACACGCCAGUCUCCAAGCCCAGCCAAACCUGCCACGCGCUUGAUGUGGAAGUCCCAGUAUGUCCCCUAUGACGGAAUCCCGUUUGUCAAUGCAGGUAGUCGAGCUGUGGUAAUGGAGUGUCAGUAUGGACCAAGGAGAAAAGGUUUCCAGUUACAGAGACUCAGUGAACAAGGAAGCAGGUCUUGUCAUCUCUACAGAGCUACGUGCCCAGCCAGGAUUUACAUUAAAAAGGUACAGAAGUUCCCUGAAUAUAGAGUGCCUACAGACCCGCAGAUGGACAGGAAGAUGAUCAGAGUGGAACAGGAGAAAGCCUUCAGCAUGCUGAAGGAGAACCGGGUGGAUGCUGGGGGUGUUCUUCGAUGGUAUGUGCAGUUACCUACACAGCAAGCUCAUCAGUAUCAUGAAUUAGAGACUCGUGGCCUCUCUCCAUCUCCUUUUCCUAUGUCUUCUCUUGAAGAAGAGGAAACUGUAGUCAGAGAUGAGAACUGUGCGUUGCCCUCACGUCUCCACCCACAAGUAGCGCAUAAGAUUCAGGAAUUAGUGUCUCAGGGAGUAGGACAAGUGUAUGCAGUGAGGAAGCAGCUCAGAAAAUUUGUGGAAAGAGAGCUGUUCAAACCUGAUGAGGUACCUGAAAGACAUAAUUUGUCCUUUUUUCCAACUGUAAAUGAUAUAAAAAAUCAUAUCCAUGAGGUACGGAAAUCCUUGAGGACGGGAGAUAUGGUAUCUAAUCCAGAGAUUAUUCCAGCAACGCUUCAGUGGACUACAGAUAGCGGGAAUAUUCUCAGAGAGACUGUAACAGUUACAUUUGCAGAAGGAAAUUCACUGGGAGAACCAGUUACCAGCAGAGUGGGGGCAAGUAGGUCCCCAGAGCCGUUCCACUUGCUCUCCCCACUUCCUUCAUUUCAGCCCAAAAUCUCUUCACACUUACAGGGUUUGAAGUUACAGCCAAGACUCUCCUCUCUUGAUGGAUCCCAAGCUCUGGUAUCAGAAAAUGGCCACCCUUCCUCCGGUCCUUCAGGACUUCUGGAUACAGCAGGAAAUGCUGUAGUGAAUAAUCAUUCUCUACUGCUUGGUCAGAGUCAGAACCUUCGAACAGACACAUGCCUAACGCAAAACAGCAGCGCUGCCUCUGCCAUGGGAAACCUCCCAGAGUCAGUUCACAAUCUCGAAAUGGGUCUGCUGGUGGAAGCUGAAGCUGUUGAGGAAACAGGGAAUCUGGAGGGAAGUGUAAACAGGGUUCUGUUGGGAGAUGUGCAAACCGUUCCGGUACUUGUUGUAGGCAGCCAUCCAGCUCUGAUUGAAGAAAGUCUAGAAGAUACUCUGUCUGUGAACCAAGUUAAACAAGAACCCAAAGAGUCAACACUGUCUAUAGGAUCAAAAACUUUUCUGGACUGUAAAAAAUUAUCUGCUACAUAAAAUGCUUAAAGCUUUUCAAAUUCUACAGCUCUGGUUCUGAUGUCUUAAAAGGUGAAGAUUGACGGGCAUGGCAUGUCAAUCAUUGGACCAGAACACAGUGAUGAGCAGCUUUGACUUAAAACUUGAAUAUUUGUUGUCAAUUCCAUAUUUGUAUUUCUCUCAAGAAGUAUCUUGCUUUAUUUUGUAUUCGUAUUUUUUUUUUUAAUUAUCCAGUAAGACAAGUGUUAAAAGAUCAUCUGAACUUCACAGUAAUUUAGUGUGAACAAAAAUAGUUAUCUCACUCCUGGAAAUACCUAGUAUUGGUUCUUAUAAGACAAAAAAGACCAACAGUCAGAGUGUGUGAGUGUGUGGGGCAUGUGUUGUGUGCUCAGAAAUUUAAAAUUGUGUGGAGAGUUUCGAUUAGCUAACAGGUUAGAGAAUUUGUUAUGUGUCUUAUUUGAAAAGAUAGAGCAAUAGACUUAUAUGAAAGCACAGAGCUGCCAGUCACAUUCCUGUAGAUUUGCAAAGUGGCCCCCAGCCACCAAUCCCAUUCCUAUACGUUUGCAUAGUAGCCGACAGACACCAGUCACAUCCCUGUAGAUUUGCAUAGUAGCACACAGCCACCAAUCACACUUCUGUAGAUUUGCAUAGUAGCACACA